AUGAAAGAGGCUGGUAUCGCGGGAUCUAUCGUUAACGUUUCCAGUGUGAAGUCGCUGAGCGCCUUCCGGGAUUCGCUAGCGUACAACAUGUCCAAGGCUUCUCUGGAUACGAUCAGCCGACAGUUUGCCCUAGAACUGGGGCCGCAUAAUAUCCGGGUGAACUCCGUCAACCCGACUCUUGUCACCACACCGCUAGGCAUGCGCGCUUGGACCAACCCGCCGAAAAACCUUGAGCGACUUAUGUUCCACACGCCGCUGGGCCGCCCGGCGGAAAUGGAAGAUGUUGUACAGCCAAUCCUUUACCUGCUCAGCGACUGCUCACGCAUGGUCACCGGAAGUGUUCAUCGGGUGGACGGAGGUCUUCUCAGUAAUGUGCCAGUAUAG